UAAAUCCUCCUCAACAAAGAGAACACACGCACUAUUAACGUCACAGACGCGAAAGACUUGUAUGGACACUAGGUAGUGGUUGGACACACGAAAGUAAGGAAACUAACGCUGCAAUUCGCAGUUUCUCAGCAUCACUACUUGAUAACAUCAAGCAUGUCCGGCAAUCUCCCCCGUCAUAUUAUCUGGGAGUCGGAGCGCCUGGUGGCCUACCUUCAUUCCCGACCUUGGACCCCCGGCUGUGUAAUCCUGGAGCGCCGCAUACCCGGAACGCUGGCAGGCAGCAUCUUCCACCUGGAGGAAGCGGAGUACUUGUCUUGGAUGCUGGGGGCAAGAGCUGUGGCGGAGCUGCUGUGCGAUAAACUCCAGGUGCAGAGGUGUGCGCUGGUCACUAGACCGCUGGUGGACAAACCUGCUCAGAUUCGGGUCCUCCCCCUCCACGGCCUGGAUGCAGAGUGGCGCCCCCAACUGGCAGGAGACGAGGAGCACAACCCUCAUGACCCAGGCUACUGCACCUCCAAAACUGCGCCACGAUGGAGUGACUCCCGCCUAACCGAUAUCCAAUCCAGGAUCCGAGCCAAACUCCCAAACCCAGACGCUCCAUCCAAUCUGACCUUCCUGGGGGACAACCAGUUUCACCCCGGCCUUUUCUCUCGCAUUGUUCGGGGCGAAGAGCCACAGUGGCGAGUGUGGGAGGACGAAUGGCAUGUGUCCUUUCUCACUCCUUUCCCCAACUCUCCUGGCUUCACUGUGCUCGUCCCACGCCGACCGUUGACGUCAGACAUAUUUCGCCUAAAUAGAAGCGAUUACGAGGGGCUGGUGGUGGCCGCCCGGAAGGUGUCUCAUCUUCUGGAGAAGGGCUUAGGUGCCUGGGGAGUCGGGCUCAUAUUUGAGGGGUUUGAGAUUGAUUAUGCUCACGCAAAGUUAAUACCGCUGCUGCAGUCACCCUCUUUCAGGGAGAGCGAUCACACCGCUCCAUCAGCACAUCACCAAUUCUUCCGCUUGUAUCCUGGUUAUGUCACAUCAGAAGAUGGGCCAGAAGCAUCUUUGGAGAGUUUGGAGGAGAUGUAUGCCAAAAUUACCCAGAAGUGUUAAACAUUCAACAUUGAGGUUGUCAUUAAA